CAAAGUUAAAUUGCUAUUACCUAGCACCAAGGUUAUAGAAAACUUUAAAUUAUUUAAACACAAGUUAAUUAAAUCUAGUUUUUAUAAAACCGGUAAUAUGAGCGCGUUCAUCGGUAAAUUCAAAGAGAUCUCAUCCAGCAAUUUGGUGGCGCUUUGUAAAGAGCAGGUCCAGGGUCACAAUGUUAUCCUCAAUCAGUUCCAGGUGGGAAAGGAGUUCGACAGUAACCACCACGAUGGCACUACUACCAAGGCACUGAUGGUGUUGGACGACAACAAACUCGUGAUGACAAUGGGUGACAAAAAAGGGACACGAAUUGUAUUCGAGAUUGUGGGCAAUGAGCUCCGGACGACCCUUACUGCGGGGCCGGUAGUUGGCGUUAUUACAUACGCUCGCCAAUAGACUAAAGUACAGUACUCUCAUUGACAAUCUAUACAAUUGUUUUGUCGCGUUUAAGAUUA